CGUGGCAGUGCGAGUAGCUCUACAGCACACAGUGUGGGCUGCUGACAUGGAGAUCCUCUGCCUCGCGCUGGCUGUGGCGGCAUUUAUGGAUGUUGCAACCUGUCAUGAAGUACAUGAUCUCACAUAUUCCAAAAGAGUGAGAACAAGGCGCAGUGGACAUUCCAAAGAAAUGCUGGAACAAAUUAACAGAUCUAAUGAAUCAGUGCUUGGAUCAAAUGUCCACAGUCACAGACAUUCGACCAGGCCUACGAUUGAUAGUUCAGUGGUUAAUGGUGAAAUAUCUUUGAAUGACAGUAGUACUCAGCAUGGGAAAGGCACAACUAUGCAAUCUGUGGAAGAAAGCUCUGCAGGCAGUCUCAUACAGACCGAGAGAAGAAUCACUAUAUCCUUGGAUGAAAAUUAUGUACAGCCUAGAAAGGCAGAUGCUGUGUCCUCUGAAAACACUAAUGUACAGUCAGAGAGGGAAGAUCUACACUUAAAUCAAAAUAUAUCUGGGAAUGAUACACAGAUAUUAACAGAAGUCACUUCAUCAUUGCAACAAUAUUCCUAUAAUAUGACUGGAAACUCAACAUUUCAACCCCUGUACAACACUCUGAUUAACACAAUAGUAGAGCCUAUUAUGAAAAAUAUAAGUUCUGAAAAUAUAACAACAAAUUUAAACACACAGUACUUGCAUAAUAUUUCAAGAAGUGAUGUACAGAGAAGUGGCAAUAAUUUAAGCUCUGUGAGAACAACUGCAUAUAAUUUAUCCUCACAGUCUUUAGAAAUUACUACUCUCUUUGCAAAGUCACAUGAUUCAGUGACAUUUUCACCAUACCUUUUGUCUACAUCAAAUCAUGAGAAUGAAAGUUUGCAUACACCUGCAAUGAAUAAUUCAAACAUUAAUGAUUUUAAUCAUCCUCCCAUUAUGCCAAUAAACCCAUUAGUUUCUUAUUCAAUGCCUAGCACAAAUAACUUGUCAACUGCAUUUCCUGAAGUAAAUACAAAUUUGUCUGAAGAUCAUAAACAAGUGGGUCAGGAAGACAACAAUAUAACGUACACAGUUCACUCUAACGUUUCAGACCAAUAUUCAGCACUCCAUACAAGAAAAUUACCAGAAGGAAAACCAGUUGUAACAUUAAUUCCUGAAGAAGUACAUAAAGUACCAUCAGUUACUCAAAACAGUUCUUCUUUCAUAUCAUCCAGAGUAUCUGAAAGAAAUAUUCAAACUAAUACAUUUGAAAAUUACACAUCUUUUCAUUCAGAGUCAUCCAUAAACCCCACAACCCCACUAUUUUAUUCAUCAGCAGGUGCAUAUAUUAAUUCAGAAAUAUCUCCCAAUACCUUUCCAGUAACAACUACUUCCACAGAAUCUGAAAUUGCAUCAGAAACUAUCAUUGAAUCACAUAAUGUUGUGUCUGAAGAAGAUUUUCCUCAAACAAUUCUUGCACCAGUUACCAGUGCAAACUGCAGUGCCAUGUCAUUAGUUACACCUGUAUCUCAUUCACUAUCAUCUAGUUUUGACACACCAACGAAAACUGUGGAAACAUGGGACACAAAUGCUACACCUACUGUGUCAUCAGUAGGAAAUAUACUGUCAAGUGCAAUUUUCAAUACUGUGGAAUCAAGAGAUGUUACAACAAACAAAAUCUCCAGUAAUGCAAAAGCUGUAGAAAGUGUGAUCUCAAACUUUAUUUCUAAUACUGCACCAUCAUUAGAGAAUAUAACCUCAAGAACAAUUUUUAAUACUGUGCCAUCAGUAAAUGAUGUGACCUCAAACACAAUUUCUAGUAAUGUGGAAUCAGCAGAAAAUAUGAGCUCAGAAGAAGUUUCCAGUACUGUGCAAUCAGUUGAAACUUUAACCUCGAGCACAGUUUCUUACAUUAUGCCAUCAGUGGAAAACGCAAUCUCAGACACACUCUCCAAUCUUGUGGCAGUAGUAAAUGUAACCUCAACAGCAAAACCUUCAAAUUCGAUCUCUAGUACCAUUCAAUCAUUAGAAACUGUAACCUCAAACACAGUUCCAAACACUGUGCAAUCAACAGAUAAUGUAACGUCAGGAGCGAUUUCCCACAGUGUUCUGUCAGCAGAAACCUCAAACACAAUUUCCCAAAAUAUGCAAUCAGCAAAAACUGUAACCUUAAACUCAUUCCCCAGUACCGUUCUAUCAUUAACAGUGGUAACUUCAAACACAACUUCUAGCCCUCUGCUAUCACUAGAAUCUGUAACCUCAAGCACAAGUUCUACAUUUGCUAGUACUGUGCCAUCAAUAAAGUACAUACUGCCAACUAAGGAUGCUAAACAAGGCGACAAAUUUCAAGUUGACAUUGUCAGCGGAAAAGAUGAAUCCUCCCACAGAACUGAGGACGAAAUAGGGAAGUCAUUUGACAAUCUGAGUGAUAAUAGUAACACCACAUCUCUUAAUGUCAUUCAUGAGCAAUUGUUUGUAAAAUCUGAGAAACUAACAGAAACAGAAAAGAAAGAAGACCCAUUAACCAUUGUCUUCAAAAGUGAUAUGGAGGUUGCUGAGUGGUUCCUAUCCUGGGAUAUGGUUUUCAGAAAAUACACUUCAAAAGCACUUACAGGAUGUAUGGAGGUUCAGGAAAAGUGGAACAAAACACUUUCACCAGAAGACAUCUGUUAUAUGAUACCAGGACCUUAUGCUGAUGGAGGAAACUUUACCAUCUGCAUACUAGUAAAAGGUCAUGCAAUGGCAGGAAGUAUGUUUAUAUCAGGGAAAUACCUUCAAAAAUGCUUAGAGGAAAUGAUUCUCAAUUUGAAACAAAUGCUGCAUAUAGAAAUCAUAGACAUUUUCAUUGGGAUUCCAACAGCACAACAAAGUCACUGUAGGAUACAGGAGAUGAGUUGGAACAGAAUAAAAGUUACAGUAGCAGUGAUUGUGGUAAUAGCAAUAUCCAUGUCUAUUAUUGCUGCUCUCAUAUUCACCAUAAAGCAUCGGCAACGUCAGGAAUUUUUGCAACCUACAGCUGGGUUAUCUUACCAGGUGAAAAAAUUGGCUGCUCCUUCCAUCAAGUGGGGUCAACUCAUAAUGCCUAAGUUUACUUCUCAGCUGUGCUGUUUGGAAAAUAUAUAACUGGAGUAGAUAGUCGAAAAGAUGAACACAUCCUAUGGCAGGAAUAUAGACUGUGACAUAUUUAGCAAGCGGUCAAAGAAUGAAGAACUUUGAUAUGUUGGGUUUUUGGACUUUAUCCAUCGUCCUGGUUUAUACUAUAGUAAUGAAGAACUUGUGUGUUGGCUAUGUGUAUGCUGAUUUAGGGAGUGAAGAAUUUGGUCAAUAAUAACAACAACCAUAAUAUCCAAAUGUUUUACUUUUACAAGUACAUUUUCCAUAAAAUAUAAUAUGUAUUCAAGUAUUAAAAUAAAGAUUAAAAUGUAAAUAUCAUUUUCAUUCAGGCUCACUUAUGAAGUAAAAUUAAGGCACUAGAACUAAUAACAUCUAGACACAGCAGUUCACAACAGCAACAACACAACUUUAAUGUUUUAAAUGUUUUAAACAUAUUUUAUUACUUUUACUUUCCUUUUACUUACUUAUGGGCAUGCUGAACAGUCAUCAAAUCAACAGGGUUGUUACAUUUGCAUUUAAAUAAAGCAAUAAUAUAGCACUGGUAUCCCCUCAGUUAUGUGAUAUCAAAUUAUGCAGAUUUUGUAUUGAUCCAAUUUCAUAUAGAUCUCUCUAAUUUAUUUCUGUCAGUAAACACUAAAAAACAGUUCAGUUAUUUGUCUAAAACAAUACAUUUGGAAUUAUUAUAUGACUAAAAUGACUGACAUUAAAAUUUUUUAAUUAAAAUUAAAGGUAGAGGAACUAAAGGAGUAAUAACAAAUUUUGAAUUUCGUGAAUGAGUUACGUGAUAGCUCUUGUGAACAUAUAAUUAUUGUGUAUGGCAAUUAUACAACAGCACUAGCAGGAACUUCACCACAGUCAGAAAUUCCAAGUGUAACUUUGAAGAAUCAUAAAAUGGCAGGAACAUAGACAGGAAGAAACUUGUCUCAUAACAAUGUCAAAUUUGGCAGCGGCUACAGUUAACAUCUCCCAUUAACACAGACAGUUCUACUGGCAGGAAUGUAGGAACUUGAAUGUUUGGG